AUGGAAUAAUUAAUUUAUCAUUUUAAGCUAAAAAAUGUGACAUAGAAAAAAUCAUCAAAAAUAUAAAAUAUUUAUUUGUAUUUGUAAAUAAAAAAAUGCAUGUAAUCAACAUUUUAUUAAUAAUAAAAUAUUAUUUUUAUAUUUUAGUUGGUUGCUAUUUUUUUAUAACUUUAUAUUGUAAAAUUUUCAAAAGACAAUGCAUAUAUGCAAUUUGAUGUGUCUCCUUUUAUAAUUUAGUAGGAGAAACAAACUAUUAAUUAAUGCAUAUAUAUUGCUUUUAAUUUAGAUUUUAAAAUAAUAGACGCGGGGAGUGUAUCUUAGAAUAAAAGAUUUAAAUGUUUAGAAAGAUACUCAAAUAAAUAAACCAAAAAAUAAAUUCAAUAUGUAUGUAUAUAUGAAUGA